AUGGCGCACAAAACUAGCAAAUCAGCUGGCUGGAGUUUCAAACCACCUCGACAGGAGCUCAAUUUGAUUCAAUACACAUGUCAGGUGGAACCACUCGAUGUUCAACUGUUGAAUCAUCUGAGAGAACAGGCCCAAAAUACAGAUGACUUAUCUGUGCUCUUCAAUAUACUACCACCGGUCGAACAACUUGUCGCCGAGAUCCCUCAUACGUUGCCAUUACUGGAAGCCAUCUAUUUGAAAUGUGAAUUGAGAACUGUUGAAGAUGGACUUCUCCUCCCAACCAAGGAACUGUGUUGUGAGCAAGUAUUCUGCCAACUCGUCUGGUGGACAGCAUUUUGUGAGCAGAGCAAUACUGCAAGUGUUAAAAAACACUGUGCCUUGUUUUCGGAUUUCCAACCAUGUAUCGCAACCCUUAUGAACAUUAUUGGAAGGCAAUGUCCGGAUUUGGUGAAGAGGGCUCAUGAAGAUAGAAAUCAGUUGAAAACAUGUUUGGAGAGUCUCGGAUGCCACGGGCUCGUUAAUUGCUCAUCUGGCUUGAUUAGAAUGACAGAUGCUGUUCAUUUGGAAUUGCUAAAGCAUGUGGAGAAUCUGAAAAUUAUUUGUGCACAAAUCAAAGAACUACAACACGAUCCCAAAUCGAACGCGCCUGAUCCAUCAUGUGAAAGCCAUCAAAGGCAAAUGAGCAUGAGAUUGUCGCAGGUUUUUGAACGGCUGAAGCUCAAUGAAACCCUUCAGUGUGUUUUGGAGGAGACGUUCCAGAAUCAACAUUUGGGAUCUCUGCUGCGAAUCUGCCGCAAAAGGGUGGGUUCCGACAAAUUGCUCAUCGGACUGUUCAAUGCAUUUGCACGUGCCGCUCCCGAAGACUUUGCACUUCAGCAGAUGGACCCGAUUGUCGCCCAACUCAUUGUGGUUUUCAAUAAUUCAUACAACAAGCUACUCCAAAUGUGUCCAGAUGAUGUGAAUGCUACACGGUUGUCAUCGGGAUCAUCGACAAGUUCUGUUUCUCAAGGAAUGCCUUCAUUGAAUGAAAAAUUCUCUGUUCGCUCGUCUUCUGAAAAUUCAAUUCAAUUCGAUAGUCUCAAACAAGAGAUAUCAAAACUCAGAAAAGAGCUCCGGAUAGCAAAUUACACAAUCACACAACUUCGAGAAAAAUCUGAAGAAGAAACAAUUAUCAAAGAAAGUUCUCUUCCCAUUCCCGACUAUCCGGAUGCGACCGCAUAUUAUAAGUCUUCCACGAAAGACCAGCUUAGUCAAUUGGUCACUCGAUUCGGAGAAUUGUUCAUUUUCGCUAGCAACGAACUGCGAGAUUCAUUGGAUACUUUACCGGAAAUGGAAGGAGAAGACGAUUUACAAGCUAUUUUUGGACAUGACACCCUGAUAGUAACAUUUAAUGUAGUCAAGGAGCACAUUGAAGACAAGAAACUUGCGGUUUUGAAAGCGUUGGGAUCUGAUAACAAUAAUGCAACAGAAUCUAAGGAAUUAACCAUUUUCGAGAAUGCUUUGAGUUCACAACUGUAUAAGGAAUUUACCACAACUAAAGCUGGAGGAGCAAUAGCUGAGGAACUAUGUCAGGAGGUAUUCAAGAAGCUGAAAGAGUAUCCUGGCAUUGAAGAAUGUAUGACAGUGCACCAGUUUAUCCAAAAAUGUAUCACAAUGUCAUGGGAUAUUCAAUGUUGCCCGGAUCAUAAAUUGAAAUUGGAAUACGAUGGCCUAGAAUUUGAGCCGUCACGUCACUCAAGAGGUGCUUACUCUGGAACUACCACCAACGUUGUCAACUACAUUUGGCCAGCUAUGAUUGAUACAUCUGACAAUCGUGUCCUUCUGAAAGCGAUUGUUUUGACAUGA